AUGACCACUUUCUCUGCUGUUGCUUUAUCACACCUGGUCGCCCGAGCACAAACUCAGCUUGCCAAAGAUCUGGAAGACGGCGCCAAUCUCAAAGCAUCAAAACUUCUACAAGCACGCGAGCGGAGGCAACGUGCGGAGUAUCAACGGGUCAUCAAUCGAACGCGAAACAUAGCGUACCAAGCUGCGGCACAUGCGAGAAGACUUCAACAUCGCCGUCAAGUGCAAAAUGAUCGUGAGCAACGAUUGAAACGAGAGGCACUUCAGUGGAAGAUAAGGCUACAGGCCAACCUAGCGUCUGUUGAAAAACUGAUUCAUGACAUGCCGAGCUCGAGCGUGAUAAAGGCGUACGGUCGACUGCACUUAAUAUGGCUAAUGCUUCUAAAGGUCUUCGCUUGUCUGUCCGGAUUUUUGUCCAGGAGGGUACUCACGACUUCUUUCCCAACAUGA